AUGGCUCCAGCUGGGGGUGCUGGCGGCAGCAGCGGCAAGGGCGGCGGCGACCACAUCUCGGUUGUCGCGUCUGGCUUUCUGCGCCUGAUGGCCUCGCAGCUGGCGGCGCGCGCCGUCACGUUUGGCAUGAACCUGAUGAUCGCACGACACCUCUCGCCUGAGGCCUAUGGGCUGUCGGCCGUCCAGUUCUACCUGAUAACCACAACCAUCCUGCUGCUCAGCCGCGAGGGCUUCCGCCGCGGCUGCAUGCGCGUUGCUUCAGCGGCGGCCGUGUCAAUCACUGACCGCGUGCUGGCUGUCUCUUGGCUCGCCAUCCCUGUUGGCGCGGCCGUGGCAGCGGCCGUGACCGCGGGUGUGCUGUGGCGAAGCCCAGAUGCGGACGAUGCAUACAAGCAGGCGGUCGUGUUGCAUGGCGUGGCGGCCGUGGUGGAGCUUCUGGCAGAGCCUUUCUACAUUAUAGCUUCCACCCAGCUGCGCUUCGGCCUCCGCGCGGGCAUCGACACCGCGGCCAUGAUGCUGCGGGGCGCGGUGACGCUGGCGCUGCUGCUGCAGACGCGGAUGUCGCCUGCAGCUGUGUUCUCUGCAGCGCAGCUCGCGUUUGCUGGGACCUAUUUCUUGGGGUACCUGGCAUUCGCAGCCGCCCUGUAUACACAGGGCCAGCUGCGGCCGCAGCUGCGGCGGUGGGAUGGAGAGGACUGGCAGACCUUCUGGCUGUCGGGCGUGUUUGCUAUCCAGUCGGCUGAGAAGCUCGUGCUGGCGGAGGGCAGCAAGCUGGCCCUGGUGGCGGUGGAGAGCGGCUACAACCAGGGGGUGUACGGCCUGGUGGCAAACCUGGGCAGCCUCGUCGUGCGGCUGCUGCUGCAGCCGUUUGAGGAGGUGGCCUUCACGGCGUUCUCCAGGGCCGGCGCCGCAGCUGCAUCCGACCCGUCGGAGCGCACGCGGCUGGGCGGCGUGCUGUCGCUGAUGGUCCGGGGCGUAACACUGGUGGGGCUGCUGGCGGCCGCGUUUGGGCCCUGGUACGCCUACACGCUGCUGCGGCUGGUUUAUGGCACCAGGUGGAGUGAGACCGAGGCGCCUGCAGUGCUGGCGUGGUAUAGCGCGUACGUGCUGCUGCUCGCGGUCAACGGGAUCACCGAGUCGUUUGUCCAUGCGGUGCUGGACUCCCGAGCCCUUAGUCAGGCCAACGCAGCCCUGCUGUUCCUGGGCGCAACCCACGUGGCCGCCAGCCUCGCGCUGGUGCGCGCAGCGGGGGCUGUGGGCCUGGUGGCCGCCGACAGCCUCAACAUGGCGCUGCGUAUUGCAUACUCACUCUGGUUGAUACGGCACUACUUCCGUGGCGCCUCCGGCUUCUCACUGGGCCAGCUGCUGCCCAGCAGAGGCACGCUCGCCGCCUACGCCGCGGCGUCCGCAGCCGCGGCCGCCUCGGAGCGCGCGCUCCUCAGCGCCGGCCGCGGGCCAUUCAUGCAGCAGGCGGCAGCGCACGUUGCCGCGGGCGUCACGGCGGUGGGGGCGGUGGCGGCUUCGGCGUGGCGGUUUGAGCGGGGGACGGUGGCGCAGAUAGCACAGCUGAGGCGCUCACGAGGAUCGCCGCCCGCGGGGGGCGGCGACAGCAACAACGAUCCACAUGCACAGAAGCCCAAAAACCAGUAG